AUGGAUUGUCAAAAUCAUAUUAGAGUUCAAAAUCAGCAUUUAAUUGACCACAAUUACAUUCAGCAUGUUGAAGAAAGAAUCGAUGUUCCAUACCCGUUCGUUGACCAUAACUAUACCAUACCAGUCAUUAAGAUAGAGGAUGAUGAUGAAGAUGUUCCUGAUGAAGUCAUUGCUAAUAAACCAAUAAUAUACAGAAUUCUCCCCGGCAUUCAACGCAAUACAAAAAUAUAUGUAGAUGAUUUUGGAUAUAAAUAUUAUAAAAAAAAGUUACUUGUCAAUAAAGUAACAUUGAUAUGUGAGCGACAAAGAAAUCCAAGUCGCCGGAUGUGUCAUGGUACUGCAUCAAUUAAUAAAGAUGAGACAGAUAAACGAAUUUCAAUUGGAACUCCUCAUAAUCAUGAUCCUCCAGUAAUUGACUUGAAUGUUCCAUUAUUGAGAGAUGCUCUCGGUGAAAGAUGUCUUGAUCCAAUUAGAACAGAGUCUGUUCGGAGUAUUUACAACAGCGAAAUAAUUAGGCAUCAAGAAGCGGCUAAAAAUUAUACAUUUAAACAAACACAAGCAAGAGUAAAAAGAAUGAGAAGAUUACGGUUACGGCGAUUAACAAUUGAUUAUUGUUCAUAA